AUGGGGCUCCCUGUUAUUGGUGAGACCUUGGAAUUCCUCAAGGCAAGCACUUCCUUGGACGUCCCAGACUACUUCAAACGAAGGAUGAAGAGCACGUGUUUGUGUAGGUACGGCCUGGUUUUCAAGACAAGCUUGCUGGGGCAGGAGGGCACCUUGUUCCGUGUUGGGUACCCUCGGGCACUGACCAAAAUAUUCGGCGAGGAGAGCAUCGAAGCUUUCCAUGGCACAAUCCACAAGUUCAUCCGUAGGUGCGCCUUCAUGCUGUUCGGUCUCCAGAGCCUCAAAGAGGUGCUCCUCCCCGAGAUGGAGUCCGCCGUGAGGGAGCGCCUUGCUGCGUGGGCCACCAUGCCGAGCGUCGACGUGCGGGGCGAUGCGCCCGACGUAAGUAUUCUUUUUGAGUUGGUGACGAGGAAAUGCCUUGGUUUCGAUUCCACCAGGUCGAGGGAACUGAGGAACAAGUUUGAAGUGCUUUUCUCAGGGUUGUGCUCCUUCCCAAUAUAUUUCCCUGGGACACCAUUUUACCGAUGCAUGCAGGCAAGGAAAAACGUGCAGAAGACAGUGCGGGAUACGUUGGCAGAGAGGUUAGCUACACCAGGGAAGAAACAUGGCGACCUCCUUGACAUAAUUGUCGAAGAACUGCAGGGUGAAGAGCCAUUAAUAAGUGAGAAUUUCGCUACUGAUAUGGUCUCCACGCUGUUGUUCGCCAGUGUCUUCACGCUAUCAGGGACCAUCGCUGUAGCCUUCAAGUCACUCCAUGACAAUCCGGACGUUGUCCACGCCCUCGAGAAGGAGAACCGUGCUAUGCUAAAGGGUCGAAAGGGUGGGAACUCCGGGCUCACGUGGGAGGAGUACAAGUCAUUGACAUUCACUAAUGAGGUCACCAAUGAGAUUAUUCGAAUAAGCAAUGCCGCGCUUGUAGUGUUUAGGAAAACUCUUACAGAUGCACAAGUCAACGGCUAUACAAUUCCAGCCGGAUGGUUGGUCAUAGUUAACCCUAUGGCAGUUCAUCUGAACGGAGAACUGUUUGAAGAUCCACUCAAGUUUAACCCAUGGAGGUGGAUGGUUAGUGAAGACUUCAUUACUUCGAUUAUCACAAUGCUGAAGAAUUUCAUGCCAUUCGGAGCAGGUAUGAGGGUUUGUCCUGGCGCAGAGUUUGUCAAGUUGUUCAUAACACUUACCCUCCACAUUUUGGUGACCGAGUAUAGAUGGGAAGAAAUGAAAGGGACAAAUGUAUUCCGAAGCGGUGAGGUCAUGUUCCCGCAGGGCUACCCCAUUCGACUUCGACCCCAGGAUGACUAA